AUGACUCUCUCCAGCAUCUGCCGAGAGCCUUCGCUGCUGAUUCUGCUGCAAAUCGUGUUGAUCUGCUCGGCUCAGAGGGGCCCGGUCGGUCCCAGAGGCCCCCCGGGGCCGGUUGGAGUAGCGGGCUUUCCCGGAGUGGACGGCAUUGAUGGCGAACGGGGAGUAGACUCCACCGUGAACGGAGGACCAGGUCCCGACGGCGAGAACGGCCGAGACGGAGCCCUCGGGGCCGCCGGCCUCCCCGGCGCAGACGGACCCGUUGGACCUCCUGGAGAUUUAGGCUCAGUCGGCCCCAAAGGACCAAAAGGUGAUUCUGGGCCACGUGGGCUUUCUGGAGAGCCGGGCGUCGGACUUGACGGGCUGGAUGGCAUCCCGGGCACAGACGGGCUUCCAGGGGAACUCGGCAAAGUCGGACCAACUGGAACAAGAGGCAAGAGAGGUCAACUGGGUCUUCCUGGUGCUUCUGGGCCGCGGGGGCCUCCGGCCGUGUACCAAGGGGAGGACCUGUGUCCCAACGCCUGCCCCGCUGGACUCAACGGACAUUCUGGUCUCCCCGGCAUGAAGGGCCACAAGGGGGUGAAAGGUGAAUCUGGGGAGCCCGGAAGACAAGGACACAAGGGAGAGGAAGGAGAACAAGGGCUGCUGGGGGAAGUUGGCGCUCAAGGAUUACCGGGCCAAGGUGGACCGAGAGGCCUCCUGGGAAUAACUGGCUCCACUGGGGACAAGGGACCUCGUGGAAAGCCCGGCGAUGGAGGUCCUCGGGGGAUCCAGGGAGGCCCGGGCGACUCGGGUCAAAGAGGAGCCAUCGGUGAGCACGGGCCGGCCGGAGUGCAGGGGGAUGGAGGCACGUCUGGAAUCAAAGGAGUGCCAGGGCCAAAAGGAGGGCCGGGCCUCGCUGGUCCAGACGCCCGUGAGGGGAUACCCGGUCUGCCCGGAUCCAAGGGUCUCACAGCAAAAGAUGGGGCUCCAGGUGAUGCUGGCCCACAAGGACUUCCUGGUUUGCCGGGCUCUUACGGACAGAAGGGAGUCAGCGGUGCAGUGGGUAAAACCGGUGAUCCAGGUGUUGUAGGACUGAUGGGGUCUCCAGGGAAACAAGGCGAGCGAGGCGAGCAGGGCGAGGUGGGCCCGGUCGGAGCCCGAGGAGGACCAGGUGGACGAGGAGAGAAGGGGCCUGACGGGCCUCUAGGAUCACCAGGACCCCGGGGAGGCAAAGGGAACCAAGGCCUUCCCGGACUUCCUGGCCCUGCUGGUUAUCGAGGCCAGAAGGGCGACAGGGGGGCCGUCGGUCUCGAUGGUUCAAAAGGAGACCAGGGAUCUGCAGGUGACGAAGGAACGGCAGGAGAUGUGGGAGAGCUGGGGGAUCAAGGAGAGCCAGGAGAGAGAGGAUCGACGGGCCCACCGGGAGAGACGGGGAAUAAAGGACCCGAGGGCGGCCGAGGUCAGCAGGGCAAAGAGGGCAAAGAGGGCCAACCGGGACCUCGUGGCAUGCAGGGCGACAUGGGUGUACCGGGCCUGCCGGGGUCGCAGGGGCCAGCGGGGAAAUCCUCGACAGACACACACAUCAAACAAGUCUGCAUGAGGGUAAUGCAAGAGCAGCUGGCCCAGCUGGCAGCGAGUCUGAGCCGGCCGGAGUCCGGCGUCUCUGGGAUGCCCGGCCCCCCCGGCCCGCCUGGACCUCAGGGCGCCUCUGGAGAGAAUGGUUUCCCCGGACACACCGGAUCUCGAGGACUGCCCGGUCUGAAGGGUCCCGCUGGGCAUCUGGGUCGCAAAGGACCCAAAGGAGACCAGGGUGACCGAGGGGACAGAGGACCCACGACGAGAGGAUCCAAAGGAGCGCCCGGUGCCCCCGGUCUACCAGGUGAACCCGGGCGAGCUGCUUACGGCCCCGACGGUCGCGACGGAGGCAGGGGGCCCCGCGGCGUCCCCGGUGUGCCCGGAGUCCCCGGACCCCCCGGCACCGCCGGCAUGAACGGCUACUGCGAGUCGUCCCAGUGCGUCCUGGCCGCGGCGACGGCGGGGGUCUCCGCGAAGGACUCCGGCAUGAAGGGCCCCGGUGACAUGUGAGGAGCGGGGGAAGAGACCGGAGACCGGAGA